GGCCAAUCGUGUUUCUAUGAAAUAGAAAGUGCAACAAGAAAUCCACUUUCACUGACAGCGAAUUCCAGAACGUUUGUGCACUGACGAACUUCAAAUAAAAUAAAUAUCUUUAAAAAUAAAAACAGAAAACAAAGUUUCACCAUGCCGAUAAUUCGUCAAGAAGGAAAAGACACAAUAAUAUUUGCCUCAAAGGAAGAGCAUUCUGUACCGAGUAAAAUAAGUCUUCCAGAGCCGGAGCCCAGCCCUGGACUACUGCUCCCGAAUGGUGACAUAAAUUGGAAUUGCCCUUGUCUCGGUGGAAUGGCGACCGGGCCUUGUGGUGUAGAGUUUCGUGACGCAUUCUCUUGCUACCAUUAUUCUACUGCAGAGCCAAAGGGAUCCGACUGUUACGAAGCUUUCAAAACUAUGCAGACAUGCAUGUCUGAGUAUCCAGUGCUUUACGGCAAUAGAGAAACUGAUUUGGAUGACUUGGAUAGUCCUGAAGCUGAUUCGAGGACUGAUCGAAGUAGUGAAAUAACUGGUACAAAAGCAGAUGCAAAUAACGAGGAUAGUAACGAACGUGAAAUAAGUAAUUCAUCAAGUAGUUCUAAAGGCCAACUUGAAAGAUCCAAGAACAAGUAAAAACUAAUCUUAUCAAACUUUGUUCAAGAGUUGAAUGGUUGUAAAGUUUCUAUCCAACAACAAAUAUUCCAAAAAUAUUUCUCACACGUUUCCAGAGCUGAGUGUGUUCGUGUUACUAUUUUGCAGUCUCAGAGUACAUACUCAAAAGUUUUUAUUGAGCCAUAGAAACAAUGAACACAGAAAAGAGGGACAAUGGAUUCAAUGUACGCUUUAAGAAUAAGGGAAAGAAUCUAAUUGCACUGUAAAUAGUUGCCAAUAGUUUGAUUUUUGAUUCAGGAAUUAUCAGUACGCACAUAAUAAAGAUUGUUGCAUUCCACAUUACUAAAAUCUAGAGAUUUUUUUUGUCCAAUAUUUCCAAAAUAUAUCUCCCGCAACUAUGAUUCUCGUUGAUUCACAUACUGAUGAAAUAAUUCAAGAUUUUCUAUAGAAAAAAUGCAAUAAAUAAAAAUGGAUCCUGUAUGGUGAGAAAAUACAAGGCUUGCUCGAGGGAAAUGUAGGAAUAAUUUUUUGAAAUAUUCACUAUUCACAAAUCUACUUGUUACGUUGAAAAGUAUGAGCUUAUUUGGACUUUCUCAUUGAAGCUUUUCACGAAUAACCAGAAUCUUGUUGGCAAAUAUGAGCAUGCAACUAAUUGAACGACUAGUAGCAAAGUUAAUUUAUUGAAUUAACGGUAAAUAAACUUUUUGGGAAAAGUUUACAUGGAUAA